UAGUUUUACUAGUUGGGAAAAUUAUCAUCCCUGUCAGUAUAAUUGUGUGCCUCCCACUGCGCGAUUCUCUAAAAGGUUGUUUAAAAUUCCCGCAUAUUUUAACCAACACAACCUCCUCCAGCCCACACCCCUGUAGCUAAGUGUACCUAAUCUCCCCCCUCCUCUCUCUCUCUCUCUCUCUCUCUUCCACCUUCAAGCUCAUCGCCAAUCGCCGGCGUUGACCAUACUCGUCGGAGAACCAUCGGCACCGUCCAAUGCUGCCUUACCAGACUCUCGAGGAGGCCGCUUCGGCUCUGGGCCGAAACCUCACCUUUGCCGAGACUCUGUGGUUCAACUACUCGGCUUCCAAGUCCGAUUACGUGCUCUACCUCCACAACAUUCUCUUCCUCUUCGUCAUCUUCUCUGUCGUUCCUCUCCCUCUCGUUUUCGCCGAGGUUCUCAGCUGGGCCGGUCUCGACCGCUACAAGAUCCAGCCCAAAGUCCGAUUGCCCUUCUCUGACAUGCUCAAGUGCUACAAGGAUGUUAUGCGCAUGUUCAUUCUCAUUGUUGGCCCUCUUCAGCUCGUCUCUUACCCUUCUGUCCAGAUAAUAGGGAUUCGAACGGGAUUGCCAUUGCCUUCUGGAUGGGAGAAGCUUUUCCAAUUGUUAGUUUAUUUCUUGGUAGAAGAUUAUACCAACUACUGCAUUCACAGAUUUUUGCAUAGCAAAUUGGGGUAUGAGAAAGUCCACAGAGUUCAACAUAAGUACACUGCUCCAUUUCGGUUUGCAGCACCAUAUGCUCCUGGCCACAUGGUCACAUUCUGGUCGUGGAGCAGAUUGAGGCCAUUGAAAACACGCAGCGGUGAUGACUUCCCCUGGCGGUGCUGAGUACCACGAUUACCAACACUAUGUUGGAGGACAAAGCUUGAUCAAUUCCAACAGGGAUACUGGUAUCAGAAGAAGAACCUUAUGAAGGUAAACCUGCAAAACCUUUUCUCCUGAGAUUAUCAAUUAGUUGCUUCCAGGACUACUAUCACGCUUUCCCCAUAUUUUGCUUACGGCCUUAGGCAACCGCCUCUGACCCCAACCGUGCAUCAUCUGUCAGUUAUAAAAUUGAAUUGGCAUGACAGGUCUUUUUAUCUUGGAUUUUGCAUUUGUUUCUCCCGUCUAACCAAUCUCGGUGAUCCAUAUCAGUUGAAAGUGGAAAGUUUUGGUGUCCAAAACAGUGGUUCAUAUAAUAAUUCUACUGUAGAUCUUAAAUCUGAUUAGCACGGAGACUGCGUAACCUUGCCUGCAGAAAUGCCCUUUCAGUAUUGUUCUCGCUGGUGACAGCUCUAUAAAACCUCUGAUUUUCAAGUUGACAUCACCAUGCCAGGGUGGAAAGUAGAAGCUUUUAGUGGCUCAGGAGCAGAUUAACUUUGGGUUUUUCAGAGUUGUGAUUUUGGGUAGCUUGGGGGAUGGGGAGGGGAUUCAAAAUCAGUUAGAUUGUAAGGUUCAGAGUCCAGACUUGUGUUUUUGGCAGUAUGUUCAAAUUAUAACAUCAUGAACUUGUGCAGUGUUUGUGAUCCCGAAAUUUAAUUGCCGGUUUUUCUUUAGAGUAUGAAAUCAAAAUAUGAAAUGUACACAUCUCAA